AUGGAGAGUAAUGAUGGUAAUGAGUUGAGCACAACAAUAGUCUGGACCAGUCCACCUUCAGCAUUGGAGCAGGACGCUGAAAAAAAGAACACUGUUUUACAAACAAACAAAACCCCCUCAGUAAGCACUACCCAAAGAAGUCUUACUAAGAAGCUAGAGGCAGCUGAAUCUACAGAGCCUAACAACCAAUCUGAGGACCAGAAAACAUCAUCAGAAUGUGCAUUGAAAAGCAAAGACCAGUUUGCACGUAUUUGUCUUGAUGUGGCGUCCAGUAAUAAUGAACUCUGUCAGGCUGAUAUUCCUGUAACAUACGGCGGCUGCACAAACACAGCACCUGGACUAGGCUUACCUUCUCUAAAUAUGUUGCCAUCUUUCAGGAGAUUUGAUGGGUGUAUUCGCUUAAGUCAAAAUAUACCAGACUUGAAAUCCCAUAAUGCUGCUUCCAAGAUUCCAACUGUACCGUCUGUGAUGCCAACCUUGUUAACCGGUUGUUCCCUUAGAGCAACUCCAUUUGCCCAACAAUAUAUCGGAAACUUACAAUCAAAUGUGAAUAUUGCUUUGCCUCAGUAUCAUCUUGAUUGUCCUCAAGUUUUUGGCCUUCCAGCAGGACUGAUUUAUUCUAGCAUCCCUGUGGGUCAUACUCAAAACUCACUGGCUGCAGGAAUGGCACUGGGUCCAGAUGUUAGGUCUGGAUUGCUGGGCACAACUCCGCAUUACAAGUUUACAUCCAACCCACAUAUUCUUAAUAGCGAAUCAGGUACAUGGGAAGUAUCUGUGCCAUUUGAAUACAGGCAUGUGAAAGUACCAGAAGAAAUAAAAUUCUGUGAUGCUUGUUGUGUGGGGCUCACUUCACAAACAGUCCUCAGCAUUCUAAAUCCGACUGAACGCUGGCUGCAAGUCUGCAUUGACCUGCGUAGUGUUACUCUUAAUGGGGAAAAGAUGGAACCCCUGAAACAUGGAUGCCUGCUGUUUAAGAACAAAACCAUCAUAGGACCUUGUACUACAGAAGAAAUAAAAAUACUGUUCUUACCUUGUCAAGCAGGAGUUUUCCAGUGUGUGCUUAGCAUUGCCUCUUGGCCACUUUCUGCAGAUGCAGAGACAAUAGUCCAGGCAGAAGCUUUAGCAGCUAGGGUCAUCUUGAAUGCAGUUGCUGAAAAUCCUGAUCUUGAGGUGGAAGUAAAACAGCUUGACUUUGGUGAUCUGCCAUCUGGCAGCUGGAAAUGUCUCCCACUAAAACUGAUUAAUAAGACGCAUGCUAGAGUGCCAAUCAGACUUGUUAUCAAUGCAAAUGCUGUUGCAUGGCGCUGUUUCACAUUUUCCAAAGAACCUGUUACUCUUCCUGUUAAAAGUACAGUCCGUACAUGUAAUAUAUCUCAGCUAGCAGCUCCUUCAGUGAUCUCCCAUGUCUUGAAUCCAAGCUACAAUGAGCAGGAUCCUGAAGCUGUAGUAGUUUGGGUCCAGUUCCAUGCACCAAGCAAACACAUCACUUCAGAUAUUUUGGGCCCGCCAGAUGAGUACUUGGCAAGAAUUGAUGUGGAGGUUGAUUGUCCAGAGCCUGCUAACAUUUUAAGUAUUCCUUUGUAUGCAAGAUCUGGAACUCCUAGAAUAUAUGCCCCAAAGGGUCUGCAGACUUUAUAUAUGUCUGCAAGAGUAGGAUCAUCAAUAAGGCAGCAGCUACCUCUAAAGAAUGCUGGGAAUAUUAGAGUUGAUUUAAAGAUCAUGACACUGGAGCCAAGUAGCAGCAUCUCUGUUGAGCCUGAGGAACUGGUCCUUAUACCUGGGGAAGAACGAGAAGUGACAGUUCACUUCUCUCCAAAGGACUGUAGAAAUGCUGAAAGUGUUGUGAAAAUUUUCGUAUUGCCCUCUGGACCAGAGUAUAAAGUAACUGUGAAAGCUGAAGUACCCGUGGUGGAGAGCAGACCUGUGACACAGAUGUGCCACAACUCAGAAGUUCCCCCUAUCCUUGCUAAUAAGCAGCUUGUGGCAUGGGGUGGAGUACAACUUGGCAGAACAGCUCAACAGAAAUUAAUUCUGAGAAAUGACUCUCAGACUACUACCCAGCAGUUACGAUUGCUGAUAAGGGGUCAAGAUCAGGACUGUUUUCAGAUUAAAUUUGGAGAUCAUGUGUACCGCGACUGUGAAAUCAAAAUCCAACCAAAACAUGAUUACGGAGUGUCCUUAAUAUUUACACCAUCUCGUUUAGCUUGCAUGUUGGCAAAGCUUGAAAUGAAACAGCUUGGGUUUCCAAUGCGACAAGGAAUCAAGUUCACUAUACCCUUGUAUGGAUAUGGGGGCAAAAGCAGUGUGAUCUUAGAAAAUGUGAAAAAACACUGUAACAGAUACAUGGUGGAAUUGACUGAGCUGUCACCUGGGAAAAUAAGCCAGGUUUCUUUCUUUCUAAGAAAUACAGGGUGUCGGGCAGCCUAUGUUAAAGCAUUGUGUUUUAGAGAUUUCUGUGAAAGAAUUAUUAUGGAUCCACAUAUGCUGAGGGUAUUUCCAGAGAAGUUUGUCCUUAAAGAAGGUGAGCAGCAGAAAGUUACAGUAACAUGUAACUCUACUGAAAGUGAACACAAUAAUGCAUCAAUGUUAUCUACAAUUUGCUUCUUCUAUGGAGAUGAAAUAUCAAGACAGCAGUAUCUUAGAACUAUCCAGCAUAAACCACAGCAAGAACAAAAUAUACUGCCAGCUAAUAAUCCAGUGAUAAAUGUAAAGUUUGAUGAAGAGUUCCCAGGGGAAGAAUUGGUGACUGAAGUAUGUGAUCUUCCACAACAAGCAAAUGAUAUCCAGGUUUUUUACAUAAACAUGCGGAGGAUUAUUCUUUAUGUUUAUAAGGCAUCUACUAGUGCUUCUUUGAAUGCCUUGCCACCAUCAGCACAUCGUAUGGCAUUGGAUAGACCUGGUGUGCCUGAGAAGCAAAGCAUGACUCUAGAUGUACUCCCUGUUAAAGGCCCUCAUGGUUGUGUACUUCCAUCCAAUACCAAAAGCCAAAAUGAGAAUAAGCUUGUCUCUCAGGAGACCUGGACUGUGCAGCCUGAACUUCUGAGUCUCUCAGCUCCUUCUCUUAGUGGAACAACAGACACUAGACAUACACAAAUAACCAACAACUCAAAUAAGUCAUUGAAAUUUGAGCUCUCAUGGCCUGCGCAUUGUCUUACAAUAACACCUCAGCAUGGAACUAUUGAGCCUGGAAGCUGCAUUUCAAUUUAUGUGAGCCCAAAUCCAUCACUCGCAGAAAACAAUUCCUUAUUUCCAUGGAGUGGUCUUAUUUACAUACAUUGUGAUAAUGAACAAAAGAUUGUUAGAGUACAAAUUCAUGAGAAUACCUCUGAACAAUCUAGAAGGAAUCCAACAGUUCCUAAUUUAGGUCUCCGUCAUCAUCACACUGAGCUUCCUGUUAACAUAAUAAAACCACUUCAAAAGCCACCUUCCACACAGAUUGAGAUUAAGAAUCGGACUCUAGUCUUUCCUGAGACAAAGUCUAGUGAAAGCUCAGAGAAAUUCCUAGAGUUUGAAAAUAGUGGGAAUGAAAAUGUUAAGUGGUUUUUGACAUCUUUUGCACCCCCUUAUGUCAAGGGUGUAGGUGGAAGUGGAGAGGUUUACAGGGCUACAUAUACAGCUUUUCAGUGUUCAUGUAGUUCCGGUAUGCUUGAUGCUCGUGGGAAAGAGAAAGUUGUUGUCACUUUUUUGCCAAGAGACAGAGGUGAUUAUUCUCAGUUCUGGGAUCUUGAAUGUCACCCACUUCAUGAACCUCACCUGAAAGACAAACACAGACUUCAGUUUUCUGGAGUGGGCACUGUAGAAAAUGAAGCUUUAAAGAACGAAGCUUCCUCAUCUGCUUUAGUAAAAGUCAGUGUUCCAGUUACAUCCCAAAGAAGAGAUCACCCUGACACCUCUGAUCCCAAAGCUGGGGAAGGAGUAUACGCCCAAGAUGGUGUUAAUACAUUUCCUCCAACAAGGGUUGGUGAAUCAAGCAUGUUGAAAAUCUGCAUGCGAAAUUAUUCCAGUUCUUCAACCAUGCUGAAAUUUUUAAAACCCAGGGAGCCUUUUUACAUCAAGCAUUCUCAUUAUAACUUAAGAUGUCAUCACUACUGCAACUUACCGGUCUUCUUCAGGCCUGUGUCCACAGGCAUUUUCAAAAGCUUGUUAGUGGUACAGACAGAAAAAAAUUACACACUCACCAUUCAGCUCCUUGGUGAGGGCUUGCCACAACAGUAGCCAUUAGCUGUUAUUAACACAUGCUAAAUUUACAACUAAAUUAUUGAAUUGGCAAGCUUCUUUUUUGUA